AUGCCGAUCAUCAAAAGCCGUGUCCACUCCGAUGAGCUCCAUGCGGCAAAGGACGCGCUCGCUGCGGCCAAUCGAGACACCGACGCGCUGCGCCAGCGGGUGCUCGAACAGCGCGAACAACUCGAAGAGUGCGCUCAGCAAAACGCUACACUCGCUGCAGAGCUUGUGCAAGCCGAGACGAGGCUGGAAGAGGCGCAUCGACUGCUCACAGAGACGCAGCUACACGCCCAAGCGCGAGAGGAGCGCCACCGCGAGCAGAUGCACCGCAUGGAGCAGAACGUGCACACUCUAGAGGAUCUGGUUCAGGCAUCGCGGCGGAGCGAGAGAGAGGGGUCCAAUCCGGCGUACCACCGUGUGCUGUGCGCCGGAAACGGUUCCGCAGAGGGCGCAGAGCGGGUUCAGCUGCGUACGGAGCGGAGUCGCACCCAGGAGGAACUCACCCACUUCCAGGCGCUACGCCCGCAAAGGAGUACGUCACUGCAGUGCCCACCGACCACGUUGACACGAGACAGCAAGGAGGUUGGAAAGCCGUGCCGCUCGCCGCCUAGACCCUCCCCGGCAGCGAGUCCGCUUAUCGCAGCGCAGGCACUGUACUGGCAGGAGCAAUUGCUUAACAUCAGUCAACGUGCUGUCGGGAGCUUUGACGAAGUGCAGCAGCAGCUGCGCCGUUGCCUGCCUCCCACACCUCCCAGCACCAGGCAUGCUGACGCAGACAGCGAGGCACACCCUGACGACGGGCCACUUGCUGCCGGUGCGUCUCGUAUUGCUGAUGCACAUCAAUGGGGCCGGCAGCUGCGCCGCCUCCAGACGCACUUCGAUGAGGUUGUGCAGGCGGACGCGAGGCUCAUCAGCUUCCUGCUCCUUGUGGCGCGGCAACAGAGUCAGCAGGUGCGCACUCUUCAGGAGCGGUGGACUGAGGCACAGAACACUGUGCGAGAGGCGGAGAGUGUGCUAGACGAGGCAAAUGCACGAAUGACCAGCAGUGCGCAGGAAUCGGCGGUGCUGCGCCAAGAGUGUGCUGUCCUUACAGAGAUGCAAACGGCCCUGCAGGCACAACUUGCCAACCGCACCCGCGAGCACCAGGCAUCCGUCACUGCACUACAUCAUCUGCAGGAAGCGCACGCGCAACUUACAGACGUACAUACGAGCCAGGAGAAGAUGUGGACCACGCGACUCACGCAGGCCGCCGAGGCCCAGCAGCAGGCCAGCAACUACGCACAAAAACUUGAGGCAGCGUUACUGGAUAAAGAGCGGUUAGUAUCUACUGCUGCGGCAUCGAGUGAGCAGCAGCAUCGGCGUGAAGCCCUCGCAGCCGCCAAGGCGCACGUAGAAGCCUUCUUGAGGCAGCUCAACGCUUCCGCACAGCAGCUACAAAGCGCUCUGGUGAGUCUCUCCAGUUCAACGUCGUCUUCUGUACUUGCCGCUUCGGCCGUAGCAGCUGGCGGUGUGAAGAAGGCCCCAUCGGUCAGCUCGCCGGAGCCCUCCCCGCCAGGAGUGUCCUCUUCGGCGUACUCCGCCUCCUCUGCUACUGUCCUCUACUCGCGAGCUACCCCUGCCACGGCCGCCUCGCUCUCACCCUCACUGCCUCUUUUCGACGAAUCAAUCCUGUUGCCUGAGAACGCGCCUGCGGCAUUCAUGUAG